CUUCAGGCAGGGACCUUGAUUGAUUGUGACUGACAUCCGUCGUUCUCUGUCCACUUGUGCUGCUUUCCCCGCUACUCCCCGACACACAUGUAUCCUCUAUGGAUGGAUUCGCCCGCCCCCUGUCAUGCACAUGGAGGCACACCUGUGUUUCAGGCGGGCGGGGCGGAUAGCUGAUGGACUGACUGGUCAGAUUCUGCACAUGCAUUCCUUGUCGACGAUCGAGUAGAAGCACGUGCCGUUCUUCUCCCCCUCGACACACUUGUUUGUUCUCAUUUCCGCGUGGGGCUGCCAACAAUCACCGUAUUCGCCACACCAACACGUACAAUGGUAUAUGCGCUGCCACACACACACACACACACACACACACACACGUACACAUAACCACGAGGUUGGUGUGGAUGGGAGAGAUCAGUGCAUGUGUGCAUUGGUUGUUGGUUGCGGUAGACUCACCUUGCACUCCUUCAUUGUGUCGAAGUAGCUGCAUGUUUGGUAUUCCCAGGGAGCCUCAGGGAGGGUUGCCGUAGCAGGUGCCGUGUCGUUGCGGGAGGCUGUCAAGGUGGCCAUGCGGUGCAGGAAGGGACGGGCCUUAACCUGGCCCAGGACACCGGCCGACAGAGACUUUGAAGCUGCAUGAGACACACACGCACCGUGACGGAGACGGGCGGUUCUGCCGCCCUUCUCCUUUUCGACACGCACCCACCCAGGUUGGUGGCAUUGAUGCGUUGCUGGUGGGCUUGCGCAGGUUGGUUGACCGACAGGCACAUUACCAGUGCAAUACCGACAGCCAUCAUGAUGAAAUUCAGCGUCUUGGACAGCAUCGUUCGUCUAGGCGUCUCUCGAACGAAGAGAUGAUUCAGCUGUAUCAGGAUGGGGCAGACAAGGAAUGGCUCAAAGCAGCGUUCCUCUCGCGUCUCAAAUCCGAGACGGGGGGCUAGUGGGGGCGAAUUUGGGGCCAUCAUCCAUCGGCCCUCUCUCCCCUCCAUCCCCCGCGUCCCUAGGUGGUUCUUUGCUCGUCGCUGGUUGCGCUGCUGCUGCCGGAGCGGCCCGCCUUGUCCGCAGCCAUGACCUCUACUGAACCCAUCCCCCGCCGCGGAGAGCUCGAAGUCACUGCGGAAGGUGGGUUCGUCGAUGUGAGCCCCCUGCUCCACAGGCAGCUGCUGCUGACGAAAACACACGUACACACACAUACACAUAAGUACCAGCAAGGUGAUGCGGGCGGGCACUCUCCUCACUUUGAUGACAUCAAAGUGAGCGGAUUUCACGCAAUCUGACCUCAUCUGCGGCAGCGGCCAUCCUCUCUGCUUCUGUCUGCCUUCUGUGGCCUCCCGUCGUCCGCAGAAAGGCGCGGCGAGAUUUUCGCG